CAGCGAGAGAGGGAAGUUCAGAAAGAUAUUUAUUCGUCUCUUCGUUUUUCAGAUUUACAGUCAUGGAUACAUUCUCUGAGCUCCAGAUGAGGUUCUGGAUGGAUAAAGCAGUACAGUGGGGUCACGCUACAUCUCCCUCUGCACAGCAGGAUAUAAGCGAACACAUGCAAUCUUUGGGGAUCUUCCUCCAGCAGCUUGUACACACACUUCAGACAAUGAGCUCUACCACUGAGGCCAUGAAGAGGUUUCCUUUUGUGGGCCAGUUCCUGGGAAGACUUUGUUGGAACCCAUAUGUUACUGCGGAUGGAGCAAGCAGGAGGUUUCUGCUGCAGUGCAUGUGGUUUCUAUAUAGUGCAGAGCCUCAGAAUGUUGUGGAGCACCGGGCCAACGAGUGGAUACGGAAUUUGCUGUGCCAUCUAACUUCAGAAGAUGAGGGCAGUAUGGCGCAUGCUCUGGAGAAACAUAGCGGCUUCCCACCUCAGCAGUAUUACUCAGCAAGUCUUAAAAAGAUGGUGGCAUUACUGACAACGGAGGUCAAUAUUAGUCAUGUCACUCCAGCAGCCUCUUUAAAAAGGUGCAUGUUUGACAACAUCCAUUCUUUAUCAGUAGCUUGUGUCCCCUUGGUCACGUGUCCUGAGGUGACACCUCUUAUUGGUGCACUGCUAAAGCAUUGUAAUUUGUGUCACUGUUCUUAUCUCAGUGAAGAGUUUAUAAAAGCAGUUAACACAGCCUGGCUCAGUAAGAAGCUGGUGAUGGAGGAUGUAGCUGUGAUGGCUCUGUGGUGUUCUAGCCUGUCCAGCUUACAGCAGGCACUUCUGCUUCUGCUUGAACGUGUUCUUUCUGACCCGAAAAUGAUAGAGAAUCUAGAGACAGUCGUCACUGACUCUUUACUGCCUAAAGCAUCAGCGCUGCACUGCCACAUCUUUCUCAUAGUGAAUGAUGUUUUCAGAAAUGCUGUAAUAACACUAGAAGAAAAUCUCGCAAUGAGAGGUCUAUUACAAGUUUUCACUAGCUGUUUUCUUCAGACUCGUGCUGCCCAGAGGCCACAGGAAAGACUACCACUAAGAUCCUUUUUUCCUCAUGUACCUCACAACCUGCUCACCCCUUUAUUGACAGCACCAUCAGAUGUGCCAAAGCAUGUAUGGCUAGAGCACCUGACCUGGAUUUGGACAUUACUCGAGAAAUUUCUUCAAGAGAGAAACCAGGAGGGCAGCAGAAGGGGGCACAGGGAUGUGUUCGAGGCCUGGUUCUUGCUUGUCCAGUGUGGUGAUUGGAUAGAUGUAGCUGCUAAGCUGUUGGUCUCAGUAGGAUCUGAGCAAUCGGAGCCUCUGCUCUUCCUCUUGACAUUCUACCACCACCCCACCAGCAGAGGGCACCAGAGUACUCAGCACAAUUUGGUAGCAAGACAGGCAUGGAGUGAUUUAAGGAGCCUCUUCCUCACCCACACUCUGUGUCCUGAACAACUGUUUGCUGUGAACGAGCUGCUCUGCACUCUGUCAGCAAACCUUGUUCUCAGUCUUCUACUGAACUUUGCCAUAUUUUCUCAAGCAUCAACCAGCAGGACGACAGAUGUUAUACAGAAGGUGCUGACUGAUGCUGGUGUGAGGUGCAGUGCCAUGUGUAUGCUUUCUGCGAUGCAUCAGAGACUAAAAGGAGACGGUGCACUGGAUGCCAGGUUCAGGAUGCUUGAGGACAGACUCCACACAGCAUAGUGCCUCAGGCUGCACAUAACAUGUGGACUUGCCCAAACGCUGGCAUGCGGUGGUGAUUAGCUGUGAUGUCAAACGCCCGUGUGUUGCUGAGGAAUUCCCUGAGCUGAUUUCACACUCUGAGGACUGAGCCUGAAGAAGAGAGCCUGCAUCUGGUCCUGUUCAGAGAGAGAAACAAGUGGAUAUGGAUUUAAAAUAUGGGUGUUAAAAACAAAGACUGACAGAAAGUGAAACUCUCUCACAUACUUAUUUUAUCCAUUUCACCUACAAUACAAUCCUCACAACUCGACUGGAUUGCUGUUAGAAAAAUGUCCAUUACUGGCAUAAAUGCCAUGAGCAUCCCAGCUGGAUCCACCAUAUGUCAUCAGUACUUCACCACCACAGGAGGAUGUUGUAGGUUCAGGGGUCUAUAGACCAGACUCCUGUUCCUGCUGAACUGAGCCAGUGUUUCUGCAGUACUGUAAUCAGCUCAGUAGGCACGGGAGGCCAGGUCCAUUUGGCUCUUGGCUCUCUCUUAACACAGCCUAUAUAAGAUCCAUACACAAACCGUCAGACGGGACUAAUUCGCUUCCACGGAAGAUACUUAGCACUUCAUUUCCCCUGGAAUAGAACUUAAUGAUAUUUUAAAUACAGCCUGUGCCACUAAUUCCAUUUGUGCUAGCCUUCUGAUGGUAAUGCAUCUUUAACCAGUUUCUAAAUAUAGACAUUUAUGGCCCAGCUUCUCCCAGACUUCAUAUUUAUCUCCUAUAUCCGUCAUGACUUGGGUGACAGUGUGCUGGCAGACUGGGCCGUUAGCUGUCCACUCACUCGCUGUAUUUCCUGUCUCCACUGCUGUCUUGUCUAUUUUAAGCAGCUGUUCUAAAAGUAGACCUGUAUGUAUUUAUUUUUUAAGCCCAGAAAUGCAGAUGUUUCUAUCUUUUUGUGGCUAAAUGUUUCUGACUUUCUAAGCCACCUGUUUUCAGAAUUCCACCCCUUCUGAGGCAGUAAAACAGCGCAGACUUAUGUUUUUGUGUAGCAGUGGAAGUAAAUCUAAGCAUUGUGUGGCAGAACGAGUUGUAGGAGGAUAAUGGGAAAGAUUCUCACUAUCAGCUUGGUCUGUUGGUCUUUAGUCAUCAGUAGUAAAAGAAUUACUCACUUUGGUAUGACCUUUGCUUUAAAUCAGCUCACCAUCUUUGGAAUGUAUAGGAAAUUGACUGGGUGGCUGGUAUUUUGGAAACCUUUGCAAUGGAAACAAAAAUAAAACUGAGAAUGCAGUCCUAUUGUGCUGAUCUUACAGGCCUCCUUUCCUGGGGCCUUUUCCAUGUUCUUUUUCGCACCACUCUGACAUCCACUCGUUAGUGAAGACAGGUUACAGGAUUAAUUAUAAAACACUUUAUAUCCUCUGCCAUUGGAAGGGCAAACUAUCUCCUGCUCUUUUCAUCCUUUGUCGGUUUUCUCCUUUUUCUUAGUCAUGCUCACAUCAAGUGCAGAACUUAGCCACUGUGAACAAAGAGCUCAAUCACUGUUCACCAAUCAGCUAAGCUCUGCACCUGGCCUGAGAGAGUCUUCUCUGUGUACACAGUCAGUAACACCCAUGCUUUGGGGGGUCCUCCUCUAAAACUGUCUACUUUCUUUCUCAAAGGCUCACCUACCACCCUCCUGUGUCCGUCGCCCCUUCUUUUAUUUGUAUUUCUUCAAACCUGCAAUGUUUCCUCCGGUUACUAUGGCAGCUGUUCAGGCGGUGGUUGUGUGGUAAUCCCUGGCAAUGUGAUUUUUAUCUUAAGUCACAAAUCAGCACGCCAGGAACCCACACAGCCCCCGACAUGAAAGGAAAGAGCUGCGGAUGCUCACACACUCCUGUAAUUGGUAACGCUCGACUGAGCUGAGGUUAUGGCCCUCGUUAGCCACAUUGAGGAAGAUUUUAGAGAAAGCUCAUACAUGCCCUUCACACUCGUCUUUGACUUUUUAAAGCCUGUACACUGAUAGUAAGCUAUAUAUAAUGUCGAUGUUAAAAGCAUGGACAAAAAUACUGUGCUAAAAACAAACCAAGUUAAAAGGAAUCUAUUUUAGAUGAUUUAAGGUUUCAUUUUUCAUGUGGUUUCUCGUAUUAAAAGCAUAAGAAUUGACCACAUUUCUGUGCUCAUAAACUAGGGCUACAUCCACACGACAACGGCAACGAGAUUUUAUUUAAAAAAAUAUCGCGUCCACAUGGGCAACGGAUCAGUAAAAUAUCAGGUACAUAUGGCAACGCAACGCUUGCUGAAAACGAUGCAAUACACAUGCCACACCUCUACGUGCGCUGUAAGACAGUCCCAUCGGAGACACCAGAACAAUAGAAGUAGGACGCAUGCGCAUAAACCCCUUCCUGUACCCGGCGUGAAGCACUCACAGGAACACACAACAACAAGAAGAAGAUGGCUGUGACUACGCGAGGAAAUCGUGCCUUCUGUGUGUACAAAUUAGUUUUAUUAGUGUGCAUAGUUUUAUAUAACUUAAUUUUCUUAUU